ACAGUUGGUGCCUGCACGAUGACGCGAGGGUGAAGAUAUUCUCGUAUCUUUGAUUUGGCCUUCAUGCCACUGUCCAGGGAGACGCACACAGGCCAAGAUGUUUCAGCUCACAGAGACAUUGGACUUGAAAUCUACACUCAUCGAAAGCGUGAUACAGACACGAGGGUAUGAAGAGGCAACAGAUGAAUGUAUCCUCCCAAGAAUCUUGAAUCAAGAGAGAGAUGGAACAGUCAUUUACACAUGGGACGAUCUGGCUGCCAACAGCAGGAGGAGCCCAGUAACCCACGUAGCUAUGUAUGACCCAACAACCUGCUCUCACAAGGUUAUAUGGACAAAUGACAGUAAAAUAUAUAUCACCACAUGCUCUGUUAAUGCUGAAAGAACACUGAUGGCAUAUACAACUUGUGAUCCAGCACCCUCAAGGUCAGCAUCAGUCCAGCAGGGAUCUCACAAAGCACUGUACCGGGCCUAUUUUGCUGAAAUAUCUCCUCAGCGACUCGUGUUUUCUCUGAAUAUAGAGAGGCCAAAUUAUCUAAAGGUGCAGUUUUUGUAUGGUACUGCUGGGGGAGCGGUGGAGAAAAUGGCACACAUGCUGCUAUUUCUACACAAGGAAUCCAUAGGACUAUAUCGUAUUCCCCUGGCGAGAGUAGAGAAGUUAAUUAUAAUGCGAGAUCAGCCGGUGACAGAGCAGCUUGUGAAGAGGUUUAUCUGGUGUCAGUGGGACAGCCUUCACCAAAGACUGUUCUAUUUGACUGGGCGCCGAGAAAAGGGGCGAGGAGAGGCAGGAGCCCAGGUGUCUCGACCUGUCCUGUCCGGUCUGCAGUUCUCACAGCAUUCCAAAUAUGAACAUAUGAUGGAUCUGCCUCUAAAUUUGAAUUUCCUGAAUGUUAAGCCAAAUGUAAGAUCAACAUAUCUGGAUGAACCUUUAAGUGCGGGAAUUCCAGACAAAGCCAUCAACAUCAGUGUGUUAACCUUGAGCAAUGGAACAUUGUGUGUGUGCUGUCAGCAUCCUGUCCAACCCCUAGUACAUAGCUCUUGUGACGAGAUGGAUGUCGAUCAGCCAUAUGAUAAUGUGGAUGGGGAUGAACUGGUGGAUAUCAAGUAUACAGUGACAAUGCCACAUCAUGCAAAAGAACUGCAAGGCUAUGUGUCUAAAAUUCCAUGGUCAGUAGCCAAGACUGCCCGGAUUACAUUUGCCUGGAUGAAUGAUUACCUAAUGGUUUUGUUGCCUGGUUAUUUUGUUCACGUGCUUGAUGUGAAUAUUGAAUUUGAGCCGUGCCACCAUAUCCUGUUGCACAGGAAGACUUGGGAGGCAUGUCAAGAAGAUGGAUUCCAACUACAUAGUGAUGAAACUGCUGUGAAAACUUUGAUAUUACCAGAUGACCCACAUGACUCUGAGCAGACCUUUGUUAAGAGUCUCACAUUUACUGAUGUUCAUGAAGACUGGGUCCUCACACACAUUACUGGUCCAUCAUUGCCUGGGACUGAACAGGAUGUGGAUCAGACAUUGCUGAGAAACCCCACAAACUCGGUAAUGCCAUUGGUCUGCAAGGAUGCUGCUCAACUGGGACACCUCUCACCUUUCAUCAAAAAAUCUACCAGCAUGAACGCAGGAUGUUGCAUGUGUGACAGUGAACAGGGUAAAGUCUAUCAGCUGGGAAUAAACACAGGAGCUCUGAUCCACCUUUUCAGCUCAUGCUAUAUGGAGGCCACACGAAAAGCAAUAUUGCACUAUGUCAUCAGACAAGGAAAGGAUAUUUUUCUACUGAAACAGUUGUUUGAAAUGGUUGCAUAUGAUUGUGCCAGUCCAGAGGUACCCGGAUUGAUGGAAGAAUUUCUAAUGGGUAUGACAUAUGCAAGCUUAAGACGACAGGUGGAAAGAGAUGUUUUCCAGUUAUUACCCUUCACAACAAGCCAUUCAUUCAGAGGCAUGUUUGAGAAGAUAAGUUGUGGUGAGUUGCUGUCAAGGGUGUCCUAUGUACCACUACAAUCUGUGAACAUUGGAACAAAGUCUGUUCGAGAGAGACAGCAGCGGCGCCUCCCAGAAGACUUGUGGGACAAUCUGUGUUUGCACCUGAGGAGUAGGCAGAUUGCCCAACCAAGCCGCUUCUCUCAAAACAGAGCUGGGUUCAAGGAGUUAAACGCAGACAGUCAAAAGGGAAGUUCACGCUCAGCUGUAUCACAGACUCAAGAGAAGGACUCCUUCCUGGGCCGGAUUUCUGCCAGAGCCAGAACGUCCUUCUCUUUACCCUCACCUGGUAACAGGAAAAGAUCAGACUCAGUGUUGGGAUUACUGCCUCCUUUCCUCUCAGAGGGCACCUUACACCCCCAGCAGGAUAAGCUGAUCAACCAGACAGCGAAGCUCUUUGUGGAUCACCUCGGAAAGUAUUUAAGAAAGGAUUCAAAGAUAAAAGUUGCUAAUGUAGCCAAAGAAUACAUUAGCUGUCAGAUGCAGCAGGCUAAGCAGCUAUGUCACAUGCUAUGGAGUAUACGUGGGCCAACAAAUCCUGCUGAAUACGUACCACUCACUAAACCAGCAUCUGAAAGGGAGUAUGAACUCUUCCAGCUCUUUGAGAGAUUUUACAUGGCAGUUCAGGAACUGGCAUAUCCUACUCCACCCGGUUUUAGCACCUACUUCACGGUGAUGGGGUACAGGUCAUUGGAUUUAAGCCUGUUUCUGCAGUAUGUAGAUAGAGGAGUUCUCAUGCUGACAGGCGAGUUUGUGGCACAGGUUAUGGAAGAUUUACCUGAUGAUGAUGCCAACGCACAGGUUAAGUUACAGAUCAUUUCUAGGCUUCCAAAGCCUUUAGCAGAAGAGUGUUUUCAGAAAUGGGAUCAUCACAUUGCCUACCGUCACACAGCCAUGCAGCAAGUCUCUCAUCUGUUAAGAGAUGGUGUCGAGAUGAGAAACAGGGGUUCUUUUCCCCGAAAUGUGUCCACCGAUUCCAGUCCCUAUGGCGCUAGGGAAAGUGACCCCAAUAGACAUCCUGGCGUCCAGUCAAUGUUCCAUCCUCUGGACACCUUGCUUCAUUUGAUGCAAGAAAGAGAGAGACAGGAUUUGCUUGUUGAAGAUACAAAACAUAUGGAACCUCGUUUCAUAAGGGAUGUGGCCACCUUUAACACAUCAGAAGACUUGAGUACCAUCAACUUCUGACACCUGGAUGUAAAUUUCACCUUUAUGGAAAGGUGUGAUGUACCCGAGUGGAAGAUCUCACAUUUAAUCUUUCACAUUUAAUUGGAUAUGGUUGGAGAAAAUGUGUUUGACAGAGUUCUUGAGAAAAAGAUGAUUUUGUUGCAGUCAUACACCCACCACCAACGCACCUCAAAACUGUAUGCCUUAUCACCAAAAUAUUGUCGGUCAGGAACGUAACUCUAUUUGUUCAUGUUCUAAGAAGAAUUAUCCAGCAGCAGAUUGAUUUGAAUGACCUGUAAAACAUAAUUGUACCUGUUUUUUGUUCAGAUAUGUAAUCAUAUGCAUGUGCAUGUAAGUAAACAAGUUCUUGAAUAUGUAACACAAAUUCAUAAAUUAAUUUUCAUGUUACAUCUUUUGCAAGUAAGGAAAACUAUACUUGUAGGUGUUAAUGGUCAGAAACUUUAUUGUUAAAGCUUAUUAAUUUACAGAAAUAUUUAUGUAAUUUAUUAUGUGUAUAUUUAAAGAACAUAUUUUUAAACAUUGUGCUGAAAUUUAUUCAAUUUACUGAACAUUUUACUUUUUAGAUUAGGUUAACUACCAUAUGAUGUUGUUUAUUAUAUAUAUGUAGGUAUAUGAAAAGUGGGAAUAAUUGACGUCACCGGUGUCCUUGGGCCUUACAGCUGAAGAUUGAUUCAAUUUUGUGAUUUAAAUUCACAGGUGUGCAAUUCUCGUUGAAAUGUAAUCUCAAGUAGUUUUGUGAAGCCCAACUUCUGGCGUUGCUAAUGAUUUUGUAUGAUGUAGUAGUAUCAUAACGUUUAUGUAUGUUCAAAUGUAUCUAUGUAUGUUCAGAAUAUAUGCACAAUUAUAUAUAUACUCUAUGUGACCUUGUCUACCCGGUAAAAAGAUUUUUUGAAUGAUAUUUAUAUGCUUACUUUCAUAUGGAUGUAUAUGACAGCCAUAUCUUUUAGUCCACUUAUGACUGUAACUUAUUUACAAUUAAUUACUUUGUGUUCAAACAAAGCGUUUAAAAGAAUGGAAAACAAGCAGGCCCAUAUGUCUCAGGAAAGAUUUGUAAUAAUAACAUGUAGACUAUAAAGAUAUCAAAAUUUGUUUAUAAUUCUGAAGAAAUAUAAAUCUGUAUGUGAAGACAUCAGCAAAAAUGCCUCCACCUUAGGAGCGUUCUCUAAGAAUAGGGUACAUUUUUCCGUACAUUUUAUACGACAGAUAUUCUCUGGUAAUAACAUUACCACCUUGACAACAAUACGUCCUCACAAAGCCUGGAAUGAACUAUGCAUUUUAGGCCCGAAUUACUCUAGGAUGAAAGAUUCUCCAUUGGGAACUUGCAACAUAAAACCCUCCUUUUCACAUAUGCUUCACACAGGUGAAAGGGCUACAGACGUACAACUUGUUAUUGACAUUCUCUAUAUAUUGACGCCCUCUAAACGGGCUUACAACACUUUAUGACAGCUCAUAUUUACAGGGGAUAUUCUCUUAAGAAGUGUUACCUGUACGGUUUUGAUAUUCUUUAGUUUGUAUCUGUCUGAACAGCAAUUCAAUUAAUAUGCGUGCAUAAAUAGUGUCCUAGAAAAAGUACUAAAUGUUUUAGUUCAUGAAAAAUGUUGUUCUAAUGUUACUUGAUAUUCCUUUUGUUGCCUAUAUUCUGUUAUAAUAAGUUGUAAUAAAAUUUAUAAAGCUA